AUGGCACCCCCUGGCUUUGCUGUGACCGGAACACACCAGCAACAGCAUCAGCAUCAGCAUCAGUACCAACAUCAUUAUCAGCAUCAUCAGUAUCAGCAUCAAUAUCAGCCGUGGCAACAGCAGCAAUCGGGCGGCGGCCAAGAUGUCGAGAUGGACGACGACGCCCACCCGUACGGCGGUCAGCCGUUCCAUCACUACUACCAGCAACAGCAACAGCUCAGCCGCCAGCGCCGCCGGAGACAGCAGCGGGACCAGCACGGCCGACACGGCCAUCAACAGCGAAGGCCGUGA